CCUCGACUACAGAAUGUGUUGUUUCCUAGUCCUGGUGCUAGUGGUGAGUCUUCCCCUGAUAUCUUCGUCGGCAAAUUAGCUUCCGUAAUUGCAACCAUAGUGGAGCAUGUUAUAGCCCCUGAUGUUAGGUAUGAAAUUGUUGAUAUGACCACUAGGUUACUUGUACCUAUUAUUGUCCUUCAGAAUCAUAAUAGGUAUAAUAUCAUGGUGAAAGGCCACGAUUACAGUGUAGAUGUUGAAGCAAUUGAAGCCGAGGUUAAGAAGAUGGUUCACCAAGGGCAGGACGUUGUAAUUGUUGGGGGCACACAUGCACUACAUCGUCAUGAAAAGUUGGCCAUUGCUGUCUCGAAAGCAAUGAGAGGUCAUUCCCUUCAAGAAACCAAGACAGAUGGUCGCUUUCAUGUUCAUACGAAGACAUAUUUGGAUGGAGCUAUUCUUAAGGAGGAGAUGGAACGAUCUGCAGAUGUGCUUGCAGCAGGUUUACUUGAUGUGUCUGACCCAUCCUUUUCCAGUAAAUAUUUUCUUCGUCAGACCUGGAUGGAUGAUACUGACGGAACUGAUGAUUCCAUCAUAAAGCACAAACCUCUUUGGGCCACUUAUGGUUCGAAACGUCAAAAGGAUAAGAGAAAGAGAUCAGAAAAGAGAAAACCUGGGGACUUAUUCCGAACCUACGGAACUAGAGUUGUUCCAGUCUUUGUCCUAUCACUGGCUGAUGUUGAUGAUAACCUUAUGAUGGAAGAUGAAAGUCUUGUAUGGACAAGCAACGACGUAGUAAUUGUGCUUGAGCAUCAAACGGAUAAGAUACCUCUGAGCUACGUUUCCGAGCUACAGAGAAGGCAUGCCGUACCAUCACAAGUUCAGCGACAUAUUCUGGCCGGACUGGCCUCCGUUGUAGGUGGAUUGAGUGCACCAUAUGAAAAAGCUUCUCACAUACACAGCCGCCCUGUCGUGAAUUGGCUCGUGACAGCUGGUUGUCAUCCAUUUGGACCUUUUUCGAACACUUCUCAGCUCAGUCAGUUACUACGUGAUGUAGCACUGAGGAACGCGGUGUAUGCUCGUGUCGAUGCUGCCCUUCACCGUAUAAGAGAAACAUCAGAGGCUGUUCAAGCCUUCGCUGCAGAACACCUGAAGACUCCCCUGGGAGAAGCUGUGAAGGGUAAAAAGAACAAGUCGAGCACUGAUCUUUGGCUGGAGAAGUUCUACAAGAAGAAAACCAACCUACCAGAGCCAUUCCCACAUGAGCUAGUUGAACGCCUAGAGAAAUACCUUGAUAGCUUAGAGGAGCAGCUUGUAGACCUUUCCUCUUUGCUAUACGAUCAUCGGUUGCAAGAUGCAAACAUGAACAGCUCAGAGAUACUGCAGAGCUCAAUGUUCACACAGCAGUACGUGGAUCAUGUAUUGUCUAGCGAGAGGGAGAAGAUGAAGUGUUGCAGCAUCGAAUACAGGUGGAGAUGGUGAUUCCCCGGGGUACGGAGACUCGGGAUACGGCAACUUCCCCAAUCAGAUGUGGAGUCCGCAAUCGCCCCAAUACCGGGUCCAAUCGUCCCAGCAGAGUAACAUGGUUCACCAACAAUCAGGGUUCGGUGACUACCGGCCGAACAUGGUUCGCCAACAAUCGCCCCAUUUUAAAUUAUGUUUAUUUUUCAAAUUAUUAGUCUAAUAAAAUUUAAUAUAGUUAAAUUAAAAAA